UCAGGGGCAUUGCGGGUGCUGUUGGGAAGUGCAUACGUGCCAGAAGCCAGGUCCGGUACCGCGAGGAUGGCAGUUCAGCAAGUAUUCCCCCUUUCCGGUGUGGUGCAGCAGUAUGCCUGGGGGAAGACAGGUUCUAACAGUGAAGUGGCUCGGCUGCUGGCCAGCAGUGACCCGCUGGCCCAGAUCUCAGAGGACAAGCCAUAUGCAGAGUUGUGGAUGGGGUGCCAUCCCCGGGGAGAUGCCAAGAUCCUUGACAAUCGCAUCUCACAGAAGACCCUAGGCCAGUGGAUCGAUGAGAACCAGGACUGCUUGGGCUCAAAGGUCAAGGACACCUUUAAUGGCAAGCUGCCCUUCCUCUUCAAAGUGCUCUCGGUUGAAACUGCCCUGUCCAUCCAGGCACACCCUAACAAGGAGCUGGCAGAGAAAUUGCACCUCCAGGCUCCACAGCACUACCCCGAUGCCAACCAUAAGCCAGAGAUAGCCAUUGCCCUCACCUCCUUCCAGGGUUUAUGUGGCUUCCGGCCAGUUGAGGAAAUUGUGACGUUUCUGACAAAGGUGCCCGAGUUCCAGUUUCUUAUUGGAGAUAAUGCAGCAACACAGCUGAAGCAGAGCCUGAGCAGUGACUCCCAGUGUGUGGCCUCUGCUCUGCAGAGCUGUUUCUCCCACCUGAUGAAGAGCGAGAAGAAGGUGGUGAUGGAGCAGCUCAACCUGUUGGUGAAGCGGAUCUCCCAGCAAGUGGCUGCUGGAAACAACAUGGAGGACAUCAAUGGGGAGCUCUUGCUGCAGCUGCAUCAGCAGUAUCCAGGUGAUAUUGGAUGCUUUGCCAUCUACUUCCUGAACCUGCUUACCCUGAAGCCAGGAGAGGCCAUGUUUCUGGAGGCCAAUGUGCCCCAUGCCUACCUGAAAGGAGACUGUGUGGAGUGCAUGGCGUGUUCAGACAAUACUGUUCGUGCUGGCCUGACACCCAAGUUCAUCGAUGUGCCAACUCUGUGUGAAAUGCUCAACUAUACCCCCAGCAAGGACAGGCUCUUUCUUCCAACACAGAGUCAAGAAGACCCCUACCUCUCUAUCUAUAACCCCCCUGUGCCAGACUUCACUGUCAUGAAGAUGGAGGUCCCUGGCUCCAUCACUGAAUACAAAGUCUUGGCAGUGGACUCGGCCAGCAUCCUCCUGAUAGUACAGGGAAGAGUGACAGCCAGCACUCCCACAGCCCAGACACCAAUCCCCCUGCAGCGUGGUGGGGUGCUCUUCAUUGGGGCCAAUGAGAGCGUCUCACUGAAGCUCACUGUGCCCGAUGACCUGCUGAUGUUCCGAGCCUGCUGCCUGCUGUAGAGACCACAGCCUGUCUGGCUCUCCUCUGACAGUUACCCUAAAUCCUAGCCAGCCUCUCAGGCCCAGCUCAAACCCUUCCCUGUUCUGGACUUGGGUGUGCGCUGGAAGUGAUGGGGUAGAGUAGCAAGCUUGAAGGUAGUGCCUGCUGAGCAAGCCUAGGACAAACCAUCAUCUUUCUCUUGGGAGAAGGACCCCGAUGAGAACUAAGAGCAGACACUCCCCUUGUAUUCUCACCAUACCUCAGCCAGGCUCUUCUCAAGGCAGGAGGCAGCAGCUGUUCCAGCCUAUGGCAUUAAGCAGGCUGCUAAAAUCUAGUACUAUUUCAGCAUCACUCACAGCAAAAGGAUAGGCCAUUUCUAAGAACAGGGUUCUGGCCCUGGGACUGCCCAUUUCCUCAAACGCAAAGGAGGGAAAAGAGUAGGCCUAUGGACUCAUUACUCAUUGCCACCCUCUGACUCUGUCAAAGCAAUUAAAGAUCACUGUGUUGAGGCUGAUGUAGAGCAGUCAACCUUUAGUGUUCCAGGAUAGAGCCCUUUCUGGAUGUCCAGUUUUUGCUUUAAUUUCUGCUUCUAAGAGCUCCCUGUGGAGGGCAGGCUGGACUUCAGGGCCCUUUUAUAGGAAGGGCAGCCGGCUUCAGCCUUAGAUGCAGAGCUUGCAGGCAGGCCUUGAGUCCUACAUAUGGGGAAGGUGGAUCUAAAGACAGGUACUGUCAGUGUAAGAUUCUCCUCUCCAAUGUUUCAGUUGGCCUUAGGGCCAGGAUCAGCAUGUUAAGGCCAGCAGACUGGAGCUGGCCACACUUGUCAUUUACAUACCAUCCAGCUGCUUUCAGGCUACAGUGGCAAAAUUUAGUAAGUGCACCAGACUGUAGGGCCUGCAACACCAAACAUACGGACCAACCCUUCCGAGUUUGUCAGCCACUUCUCUAGAGCACAUUCAGUCACUGUAUACACAGGGAUUUGGGGUCAGGGCAAUCCAAUUUGUGUUGUGAAGAGAAACCUAGCUACUUUUUCUAAACUGGCAGGAAAUACAUAGAGCGCCUGCUCUUCCCGUGCCUACCCUCUAGUCUGCAAGAGGUGGCACAGCUGUCGGUUCUGCCACUGAAGUACCUGACUGCAGUCCGAGAUCCUGUCACCUCAGACUUAGCAGAGAGCCAGGCUGUUGGCUCCUUCCUGUGGGGUAAGGGUUUAGACUGGCACAAAAGGAUCUUCUUGGGCUACUGCCCACACUAGACCUCCUAUAUAAUGGAAAUCUAGGAAACUACCUUCAAAAAAGUUCUGGCCAAUCUGUUCUGGGGUGUCUUUUUUUUUGGCCUCCAAGUUUUCUUCAGCUAAAACCCAAAAAUGACCUGGGAAGAAAAGGUCUGUCAAAGGGAACACAGUCUAAAGAUAAGUGCUGUGCAAAGGCCUGUUCCAUCCAUGGUCUCCAAUGACACAGGCCUGAAAAUGAUGCCCAUUGGGAAUAGUAGGAACAAGAGGUCCUAGGAGGAAUGGUCACAGUUGGGGCUAUUAGGCUGUUUCUUCAUUUCAGAAGGCUGUGGUCUAGGGCUUUCUUUAAAAUCCUAUUGUAACACAGAGACAGCUUAACUACUAGCAUGAUUGUGUUUAUUCUUAGAAACCCCCAGAGCUGUAGAAGCCUAAGCCAAAAGUUCUGUAGAGUACUCUGUAAACACCAUACACAUACUCCCCUCUGUGAGCUAAGUGCAAAUACACCCCUCUCUCCCCAGGACACUGUCACCUGCAGAAUAUCCAGCACUCUGAAUUAAGGCAGUUUGGCUCUAGGCACCUUGGUGCCUUUAUUGGUGACAUUUUAGCCUGGGACCUCUGGCCCCAAACAGUAGACUGUUUCUACCCUGCCUUGCUACCCUAUUCCCAAAACUUCAAAGGUAAUGCCUUCUACACGGAGUAACCAGCUCCGGAACAUCCUCUCCAGGAACAGAUGCAGGCAAAUACAUCAGUGUUGAUUUACGGUAACUACCAGCUGGAGGUCCAUCUUAGGGCCCUGCUGCCUUCACCACAGCUGUUGCCAAAUGCUCAGCUACCCUCUCCUAACCAAUUCCCCCACAGAAAUGUGGCCCCACUGGGCUUCCACAGCACUUUCUGGCCCCCACUGGGUUUCCUGCCACCACCAGUUUCUUUACACUGCCCUACAUCAGGGCCUCUCUUCAUGUGUCUCUGCAGAAACCAGAAAGGCCUGAAUAGUCUUUGGUG